CUCACACUCAUAUAGAGUUUAAAAGAGAGAGGGAGAGAUGGCUUGUAGGCAGCAAAAGAGAAAAGCUGUGUUAAUGCGCAAAAGGCUUCACAUUCUAAGAGCCCUCACGUGCUCCAAAUCUGUGACAAGACUCUCCAUCAUCACGGAUGCUCUUCUCUACAUAUACAAUCUCAAACUCAAGUUGGAAAAAACCAUGAAAGAAUACUUAAACCUAAUUGCAACCAGAAGAUCAUACUUAAACUUACUCAAGCAUGGAAAGGAGGUGAAAGUGGAGAAGUUGGGGAAUAAUGAAUUUGUAAUAAGGGUGACAUGUGAAAGAAGAGGAGAUCAUAUUUUGGUUUCAAUCUUAGAGGCCUUUGAAGAAAUGGGAGUUUGUGUGUUGCAAGCAAGAGUGUCAUGCAACCAUUACUUCUCCAUGGAAGCCAUUGCUGUUGCUAAUGAUGAUCAAGCUCUUGAAGUGAGAGACAUUAGUCAAGCCAUCCUGAAGGCCAUUGAUAAACCAGUUGGAGAGGGAGUAGUCAACACGAAUUAAUUAAUAAUAAUAUCCAUUUAUCUUAGCUAAUCAGUUUGGUUAUUACAUUGCUGAACUCCAGGGUCUACAUGUAUGUACCAACUUUCAUCAUUUUCAUUUGGAAGGCCAAGAAAUUGCAUUUGAUAAUUAAUGGUGAUCUA